CUUUUUGCAAACACGCAGGCUGCGCAUCCUUGCGGGCAGUAAUUGGGCAGCGGAGAUCUACAGCAGAUGAGGGCAUUUCAUGUCCAGCCUGCCCAGGAAUCACUGUGACCCCGACGGAAAGGAGUUCGACUUGACAGGAUGGGGGGAGUAAGUGAAGGAGAUGAUGUGUUGGCUCGAUGGAGUGAUGGACUACUGUACCUCGGCAAUGUGAAAAGAGUAGAUGGAGUCAAGCAAUGUUGCCUGGUGAGAUUUGAGGACAACUCAGAGUUCUGGGUACUGAGAAAGGACAUUCAUUCGUUUGCUGCUGGAGUGGAAGAAGUUUGCUGUAUUUGUGACGCUCCGCCUCUUAAAGAACCCCUCAUAAAUUGUCUUAAAUGCCGCCACGGUUAUCAUCCAGAGUGCCACACGCCAACCAUCGAACCGGAAGCUGACAGCGAUUCGUGGAUAUGUCGGCAAUGUGUCUUUGCAGUCUCAACCAAGAGAGGUGGGGCCCUCAAACGGGGACGCUUUGCUCGGCUCAUGCAAUUUAUGAAACUCCGACUCCCGUACCAGCUGUCGUCUUUAGACUGGGACCCGCAGCAUCUGACCAAUCAGCAACAGUGUUACUGCUACUGUGCCGGACCUGGAGAGUGGAACCUGAAGAUGCUACAGUGUGGAAGCUGUGGUCAGUGGUUCCACGAGGCCUGCACACAGUGUCUAACCAAGCCAUUACUGUAUGGAGACAGGUUUUAUCAGUUCCAGUGCUCAGUAUGUACAAAGGGACCAGAGACCAUCCAAAGACUACCCAUGACCUGGGUGGAUUUGGCUCAUUUAGUGCUCUACCAUCUCUCGCUGUGCUGCAAGAGGAAAUACUUUGAUUUUGACCAUGAAAUCCUGUCCUUUACCAAUGAGAAUUGGGAGUCAUUGCUGCUAGGCGUGCUCUCUGACACGCCAAGGCAAGACCGCUGUCACAAUCUCCUCAAUGCUCUGAACUCCCACAAGGACAGGUUUGUCUCUGGAAAGGAGAUCAAGAAGAAGAAGUGUCUUUUUGGGCUUCAGGUCCGAGCCCCACCUCCGCUGACGUCUGAUUCGUCACCCCUCAUCACCGACCCACCUAUCAACAUCACGCACCGGAGAAGGUCAGACCCGCUGUCACUACCCUGCCAGAGGAGAGUGGGGGGGCCAGAGUCGCGUAAAUCAAAGCGUCGCAUCAUGGAGACACAGGCUUGUCCACCCUCAGUUGCUGCCAACCCCAUUGAGUUACUGCCAUGUUGCCAUGGCUACAUGGGAGGGGCCAGCCUUUAUAACUCCAGGAAGUCAGAGGAGGAGCUUAGUUUGAGCUCUCCUCCCAAGCGGAUGUAUGCCCUGUACCACACCACGUACAAUGGAAAUACUGCGCUCUCCAGGAGUCUCCAUCACUACAACAGUGCGGAGGACACCUGCAGAGUACCACCACCUUGUUUCCCAUACCCCCUCAACUCCAAUGGCAGCAAUCACCACCACCAGCACCAUCACAGCCACCAACACAACCACCAACACAACCACCAACACAACCACCAACACAACCACCAACAUAACCACCAACACAACCACCAACACAACCACCAACAUAACCACCAAUACCAACACCCGCUGGGGCAGAAGCAGCUGGAGCCCCUCAUCCUACGUGAUCUGUCCCCUUACCACGCCGGCAUGGGCGGAGGCGGUGGAAUAGGUGGAGGAGGCGGAGGGGGGGGAGGUGGAGGUGGAGGAGGAGGGGUAGUAGUCGGAGGGGGGGACGGGACAGUGGCCAGGAGCUGGGGAGGAGGGGAGGCAGUGAGGAUCUUGGCGAGACGCGUCACGCCAGAUGGGAAGGUGCAGUACCUUGUGGAGUGGGAAAACGUGAGUUUGUACUGACACGUAGAGGGUAAACACGAGACGCAAUGACUGUUUUGCAGUUGCCACAGGAAUACUGUGUAUGUAAUAUGUGGCGAUGUUUAAAGUACAAACAAAACAAAAAGAAAAAAAUCCCUACACGUUGCAAAUCCAGGUUGCUCUCAGAGUAUCACCUCUAUUCUACAUCACUAUAGCUCACUACUCGUUACUAAAUGUCCCUCUUUGCUAGUGUUUCUCUGAUAUUUGUACUGUUAACUUUGGAAUAUGCCUUUGCAUUUAUCAUGUUUUACAGUGAUGAGGGAAGAUAUUUAAACCUCUUGUUGAUUUGUAAAUCUUCAUCAUCACAUCAAGAAGAACAUGUCUUUAAUUGUGUUCAUAUCUUAUAGUACUGUAGAAAAGCUACACCACAAGAAAUUUAGAAAAGAAAGAUUACUGCUUUUUCAUUUCCUGAGUAAUAGGGAAACAAUAAGUGAGCAAAAUUUAAAGACAAGAUACUUAUGAUAUGUACUUUUACUUUCCAUAACUCAAACAGUGAGCUUUCACUGGUUGUCGUUUAGACAAUAAAAAGAAUAGUUUGACAUUGUGGGAAAUGCGCUUACUCACUUUUUGCCAAGGGUUAGAUGUGAAAAUUGAUAACUGUUUCAUAUCUUAAUGGUAAAUAUGAAGAUAGAGCCAGUAGAUGGUUAGCUUAGCAUAGAGACUGGAAGCAGGGGAAAACAGCAACCCUGGCUUUGAGCAAAGAUAAAAAACUGCCUUCCAGCAACUCUCACUAGAGACUACUAAAGCUCACUAGUUUACAGUGGUUGGUUUUGUGGUUAUGUGAUAAACAAGAUUAUAGGAAGUCACUGUGGCCAGCCAAGAAACAGUCCUAGCUAUUUCCCCUUGCUUUUAGUCUUCAUGCUAAGCUAAGCUAAGCUAACCGUCUUCUGGCUAUAUUUUCAUAUCUACUGGGCAGACAUGAAAAUGGUAUCAAUCUUACUGUCCAACCAUUUCUUUGAAAAACAAACAAACAAACAGUAUAAGUCAACAAUAGAUGCAGAGAGGUCAAGGUUAAAAACUACCAAACUUUUUAUGUUUCUUAGAUACUUUUCUAUUUUAAUUACUGUAUUUUAAUGUGUAGUUAGACCUCACUUUGCAUUGAAUUAAAAUAGUUUAAAUGCUGUUGAAACAAUUACUAUUGGUAGCAGGGGUAUGAAAAAUCAUUUACUUUUCAAAGCAAAUUUAGCACAAUUAUAGUCUAAAUGGACUGACUCAAAUCACCAAAUCACUGCUUACUGGGUAAAUAAAGAGAACAUUUUAAAUGCAACUCAUUCGUUAUUUUUAAAAAUACCAAAAUAACAUAAUAUAUAAAAGAGUAACUUUUCCCAAGUGAUGAGGAACAUAAACAGCCAGUAGCCAACACCACACUUCCAUGCAUCAGCAUUCACUUUUACAACUGCUCAUUUAUCAGCUGAUGGUUAAUGUUCACAUGGAGUUCAGUGAGAAAAUUAGCCCAGAAAUUAACAGUGAUGAACGGUCCAUCAUCAGAGGCAUCCUGACAGCUGGGUGGUGGCUACUGGCUGCACAUGAAGAAGCAGUAACCUUUUAUUGGCCAGGAAGAGACGGAGAAGUAUAGCCAGUCUUAAUACAGUAUUUUUGGCCACACAGAUGGUAGUUUAAUGCCUUGCUUAGGGACAAUUUUACAGUAGCGGGUGAGGGAUUCCACCUAGUUUCUCCCAGCCCUUUCAUCUGCUCAGACGCCAACUUGUCUGACUUUGGCUUCAUAAACAACAAAUUCUCCAGAGGUUUUCAUAGUUUUUCUCAUCGCAGUAUGUUAAUAUGAGAUUGUAUACAUGUUAUUACGGGGUUACUUAUUUGUUAUGUUAGUUUGUCAUAAUUUACAUUUAGACUACUAUGUGUAUUAGAAAUAGGAGCCACAAGAGGGCUUUUGUUUUAUAGAUAGAAUUAUAUAUUCACAAUAUAUUGCUAUGACUGAAUAACGUUUUUUGUUUUUUUUGACGUGGUUGCAUAGUGCCUAUAUUGGUUAUGUACCUGCUGAUUGAUCUGCUUAUUUGAGUCGACCAAUCAGAUGACAGAUAGAUGAACGAGGCCAUAUUGCUACAAAAUAAGAGGAUGGCUCUUUAUGGGCACAUGGGUAAACAAGGACCAGUUAUAAUGUUGAGUAGAGUUUUUUUUUUUAAAUCAGAACAGAACUGUGAUGUUACUGUACAUUCCAAACAAACAUCAAAAAAGAAAUUUAUAUGUUAUUGAAAUGUUUGUUUGAAGUCACCAGAAUGGAAGAUAUUUUGAAAGAAUGCAUUUUUUUGCUUUUGAUGAGUGUUAAAUGUCAUAAAAAUAAGCUAAAGGUCCAUCCACUCUACAGCUGUUGUUCAGCUUCAUGUCGUAGGGAGGUCAAUCCCUAAGUAACAGUACAGGUAAAGAAGACACUGAUAGGCCCGACUCCUAACUCAAACCCAUAGUAUCUGCCAGGGUCUAACAGUCUAUUAUUUAAAAGGUACAGCAUGGCAUUAAGUACAAAUACAUCAAGGCCUGACUGAUCAUCUCCCUUCUUCACAGAUGUGUUUAUAGAGGCAAGUGAGGUGCUGAAGUUGGAUUUUAUCAAACAGGUUACAUAAAUCUAGAAUACUGUG